AUGAAUGCUCUGGCCUGUAUACUUAAGAGAGGAAUACAAGAAUUAGGGAAGCUAGUGACGACCCUUCCAGCCGCCAAUUACAACCUUCUGAAAUAUAUAUGCAAAUUUCUGGAUGAGGUGCAGUCUCACUCAAAUGAAAACAAAAUGGGUGUGCUGAACUUGGCCACCGUGUUUGGACCAAAUAUCCUCCGUCCUAAAAUGGAAGAUCCAGUAGCUAUUAUGGAAGGCACCUCGCUUGUUCAGCAUCUCAUGACGCUUCUCAUCAGCAAGCAUGAUCGCCUGUAUACUGAAAAAGACUCAGAAACAUCACAGAACCAGAUGGAGGUAAAGGACCAAAGCCAACAACAUCAGCAGUCCAAGCUGGUGGACUGGAUCUCUGAGGAGGAUCUACAGACCUGUAAGAAUGACAACCCUACCAGCAGCAGUGCCUCGUCUGUGGACGCCGCUAUCACCUCCAAGCCGGUGCCUCAGGGAAAGGGAGAGACAGCCGUCAGCCCUAGUAAGCAGGCCAAGGCGCUUCCAGGAUGGAAGUACACCUUCAAAGGCUCCUCUCCCAGGCCGCCGUCCGCAAAAGUCUGUAGCUCCGCGGUGGACGUGUCCACGGCCUCCAGCGGGAACUGGCUCAUGAACGGGCUGUCCUCGCUAAGGGGACACCGCCGCACCUCGUCCGGCGAACGCUCCAGGGAUUCGGGCUCCUCUCAGAGACUGUCUACCUACGACAACGUCACGUCUUCAUCGAGUCUGGGCAGCGUGCUGAGUAUGGACAGCACGCCGUGGUCCUCCUCAUCGUGUGAGAUCUUCGUCCCAGACUCUGGAAGAGACCCGUUAGGAACAGAAGAUGGGCCUCAGACAGAGGCGAGCGCUCAGGAGGAACGGAGCGAGGAGGAAGCAAAGCCCAGCGAACAAGAAGAGGACGUCGGCAGUGCUGUGGAGAACCGCGCGAGCGGAUUGUUUUGCAGUGACAAUGGGAACGUAGCACCGGUCAUUAGAGUCGUGGACGAAGACACAGAUGCAAACGGAGGCCCUUCAUCCCUGGCCAGCAUCGUGGAAGACCUGAAAGAAGAGCUGAGGAAGCAGAAACAGACUUACGAAUCUAGAAUUCAAAAGCUGGAAGAGUCGAGUUCAGUCCUGUGCGCGCAGAUGGAGAGACUCCAGCAAGAGAUGGAACAGGAGAGAAAAAAAAAACGAAUGCUUGAGAUCAAACUGAGAAACUCUGAACGGGCCCGUGAGGACGCAGAAAACCGCAAUCGCCUCCUCGAGAAAGAAAUGGAAGACUUCUUCUCCACGCUGGGGGAUCUGGCUCUUGGAAGCCGGACCAGUGACAUUUAAUGCAAACACACCCAAAGUCCCCAAAUGGACCAGAGCACUCAGGCAUCUCCAAAAAUCAUGUGGACAAAUUUUUGUGUUCAUCAAAUCAGACCUAGUUAAAGGCCUUCCAAUGUGUACCAGUUACUUUUUUCGAGGAGAUUCUCGCCGUUUCAGCAGUGUAGCAUUUAUUAAAGCCAUUAUACAGCUGUUGAUUUACAGCUAUUUCUUUCUGGAAGCUUCAGCUUUAGGUGACAAAGAAACAAAUGGAACGUCUGAAUCUGGUCCUUAAAUCAGUUCAAAUUAUA